GACAGUCCGACAAACCCUGGACUGCUACAGUGACAGACUGGGAUCUGGGUACUGAACACAACUCAAAGUAAUCACCCUACAACAUGGAUCACUUGAAGAUGUCUGUGCUCCUCCUGAUACUGCUUGUGUUGCUGCGCUGCGUCUCUGCUGCCCCACGCUACAGGUACUUCAGUCCCAGCUCAUCCAGCGAGCAGGAAAGUGAUCUCCCAGACAGUGACAGCUGGUUAGCUCCCGAGCUGAUCUCCAACCCGUUCCUCGGGUUUGUGAGUACACGGCCGCAGAGGGGGCUCACAGCCAUGGACAGCCACCGCAUAGAGAAGAGAAAAUGCAACACAGCCACCUGCGUCACCCAAAGGCUAUCAGACUUCCUGGUGCGCUCCAGUAACACGAUUGGUACCGUCUACGCACCGACUAAUGUGGGAUCUGGCACCUACGGAAAAAGGGAGCUCUUGUUGGCCCCCAACUACCUGCCUCUCUAACAGCUGACAAACCUCCACCAGCACUCCCACUGCUCUGAUGAUAUAACCAGACAUCUUAUGUAACAAUGAUUGUGAGAAUGACGUUACCGGCGAUGACACUGAUGGUGAUGAUGAUGAUUAAUAACAUCUAGUUUAUUUUAUAAGAAACAGUGCCUUUAAUUUAAACCUUCAAAGACAAUGUGUUUUUUUGUUCUGACUUUGUGUGUGUGUUGUGGCUCUGUGGAUACUGUUUCGCAAUGGCAUGAAGUAAAGAAGUAAAUAAAAAACAAUAAAUAAAAGAAAAAAAAUGUAAAGCCAUAUGAA